GGAGGAGGAGGAGGAGGAGGAAGAGGAGCGGGGAGUCCCGGCGCGGCCGCGGGAGCCUCCGGGCGGGCGUCGGCGGCGCCUCCGGAAGGUGGCGGUGGCGGGAGGUGCCGGAGCGCCCGGGAUUCACCGCGGGGGUGGCGGUUGGCGCUGAGCGGCGGGGGAGCGCGCCGCGCGGCUGGGACCGCGUCCGCGGCCCUCCCUCCCCCCUCCCCGGCCUCCCGCCCUCCCGCCCCCCCGCCCCGGGGCCGCCGCCUCUCGGGCUGGUUCCCCCCGCCCGCACCAUGGCCGACGACGACGUGCUGUUCGAGGACGUCUACGAGCUCUGCGAGGUGAUCGGCAAGGGUCCUUUCAGCGUUGUGCGGCGAUGUAUCAACAGGGAAACAGGGCAGCAGUUUGCUGUGAAGAUUGUCGAUGUAGCAAAAUUCACUUCAAGUCCUGGAUUAAGCACAGAAGAUCUCAAGAGGGAAGCCAGUAUUUGUCACAUGCUGAAGCAUCCUCAUAUUGUUGAACUGUUAGAGACAUACAGCUCAGAUGGAAUGCUUUAUAUGGUCUUUGAGUUCAUGGAUGGAGCAGAUCUGUGUUUUGAAAUUGUGAAGAGAGCAGAUGCUGGAUUUGUGUACAGCGAGGCUGUAGCCAGUCAUUACAUGAGACAGAUAUUGGAAGCUCUACGUUACUGUCAUGAUAAUAAUAUAAUUCACAGGGAUGUGAAGCCACACUGUGUACUGCUUGCCUCAAAAGAGAAUUCGGCCCCAGUAAAGCUUGGUGGCUUUGGGGUAGCAAUUCAGUUAGGAGAGUCUGGGCUUGUUGCUGGAGGACGUGUAGGAACACCUCAUUUUAUGGCCCCAGAAGUGGUAAAAAGGGAACCUUAUGGGAAGCCUGUAGAUGUUUGGGGUUGUGGCGUGAUCCUUUUUAUCCUGCUAAGCGGUUGUUUGCCUUUUUAUGGAACCAAGGAAAGAUUAUUUGAAGGCAUUAUUAAAGGAAAAUAUAAGAUGAAUCCUAGGCAAUGGAGCCAUAUUUCAGAAAGUGCCAAAGAUCUGGUACGCCGCAUGCUUAUGCUGGAUCCAGCAGAAAGGAUAACAGUAUAUGAAGCACUGAAUCAUCCCUGGUUAAAGGAGAGAGAUCGCUAUGCAUACAAGAUUCAUCUUCCAGAAACAGUAGAACAAUUGAGAAAAUUCAAUGCAAGACGAAAACUAAAGGGGGCAGUACUAGCAGCUGUGUCAAGCCACAAAUUCAACUCCUUCUAUGGUGACCCCCCUGAAGAGCUGCCAGACUUCUCUGAAGACCCCACCUCCUCAGGACUUCUAGCAGCAGAAAGAGCAGUCUCACAGGUGCUGGACAGCCUGGAAGAAAUUCAUGCACUCACAGAUUGCAGUGAAAAAGACUUAGAUUUUCUUCACAGCGUUUUCCAGGAUCAGCAUCUUCACACACUACUAGAUCUUUAUGACAAAAUAAACACAAAAUCUUCACCACAAAUCAGGAAUCCUCCGAGUGAUGCUGUGCAGAGAGCCAAAGAGGUAUUAGAAGAAAUUUCAUGUUACCCAGAGAACAAUGAUGCAAAGGAGCUAAAGCGUAUUUUAACACAACCUCAUUUCAUGGCCUUACUUCAAACUCAUGACGUAGUGGCACAUGAAGUUUACAGUGAUGAAGCGCUGAGAGUUACACCUCCUCCCACCUCUCCAUACUUAAACGGAGAUUCUCCAGAAAGCGCCAACGGCGACAUGGAUAUGGAGAAUGUAACACGAGUUCGGCUGGUGCAGUUCCAGAAGAACACAGAUGAACCAAUGGGAAUCACUUUAAAAAUGAAUGAGCUGAACCAUUGCAUUGUGGCAAGAAUUAUGCACGGAGGAAUGAUUCACCGGCAAGGUACACUACAUGUAGGGGAUGAAAUCCGAGAAAUAAAUGGAAUCAGUGUGGCAAACCAAACUGUAGAACAACUACAAAAAAUGCUUAGGGAAAUGCGUGGAAGUAUUACUUUUAAGAUUGUGCCAAGUUAUCGCACACAAUCAUCAUCCUGUGAGAGAGAUUCCCCCUCUACAUCCAGACAGUCCCCAGCUAAUGGUCAUAGCAGCACUAACAAUUCUGUUUCGGACUUGCCAUCGACAACACAACCAAAAGGACGACAGAUAUAUGUAAGAGCACAAUUUGAAUAUGAUCCAGCAAAGGAUGACCUCAUUCCUUGCAAAGAAGCUGGCAUCAGAUUCCGAGUUGGCGAUAUUAUCCAAAUCAUUAGCAAAGAUGACCACAACUGGUGGCAGGGUAAACUUGAGAACUCUAAAAAUGGUACUGCAGGUCUUAUUCCUUCUCCUGAACUUCAAGAAUGGCGAGUUGCUUGUAUUGCCAUGGAGAAGACCAAACAGGAGCAACAGGCCAGCUGUACCUGGUUUGGCAAGAAAAAAAAGCAGUACAAAGACAAAUAUUUGGCAAAGCACAAUGCAGUGUUUGAUCAAUUAGAUCUCGUCACAUAUGAAGAAGUAGUAAAACUGCCUGCAUUCAAACGGAAAACACUAGUCUUACUAGGUGCACACGGUGUCGGAAGAAGACACAUAAAAAACACACUCAUCACAAAACACCCGGACAGAUUUGCUUACCCCAUUCCUCACACAACCCGACCUCCAAAGAAAGAUGAAGAAAAUGGAAAAAAUUACUACUUUGUAUCACAUGACCAAAUGAUGCAGGAUAUAUCAAACAAUGAAUAUUUGGAGUAUGGCAGCCAUGAGGAUGCAAUGUAUGGGACAAAACUGGAAACAAUACGAAAGAUCCAUGAGCAGGGACUAAUUGCAAUACUUGAUGUAGAACCUCAGGCAUUGAAGGUCCUGAGAACUGCAGAGUUUGCUCCUUUUGUUGUUUUUAUUGCUGCACCUACGAUUACCCCAGGCAUUAAUGAGGAUGAAUCUCUUCAGCGCCUGCAGAAGGAGUCUGAAAUCUUACAGAGAACAUAUGCACACUACUUUGACCUAACCAUUAUCAACAAUGAAAUAGAUGAAACAAUCAGGCACCUGGAGGAAGCCAUCGAGCUUGUGUGUACAGCCUCACAGUGGGUCCCGGUCUCCUGGGUCUACUAGACCAGUCACAAGAGAAUUGAAAAAAGUAAAAAAAAUCUGUCAUUACUGGGAACCGCCUCAUACAUGGAAAACCUCUUUGUUAUUGACCUUGUGUCAACAGGUCUUGGCCCCUAGAGACUACCUAGAUGUAGUGUGACCUAAAAUAUAAUUAUUGUCAUGUCCAAAUAGAUAGGGGGGAAAACAAUCAAACACUAAUUUAAAGAGACAGUAUCUUUUUUUAAUCAUUUCUCCUAAACUUUAAUAAAAUGUAUCUUUAAAUAAAUGUAUUAUUCAGUCCUUUGGAAUGUUAUAUUUUUGGAAAUCAUAGCUUUUUAUUUCAAGGACCCCUAAAAACUGCACAAAAUAGAUGCUGCUUUCUAUAAUCUAUUUUAAUAGUAAUAAUAAUAUGAUUCUGUUACCUUAACUUGGGGGUGGAACACUGCAUUCUUUUUAGAGUCUGAUUUUAUGGAUUGAAAUACUUUGCUUUCCUUUAUUUAUUUGAAGUAAUUAGUCUAGUGGUUACGAAACAAAUUCAUAAAUUUUAAAGGCCUUUUUUUGUGCUUUUUUUUUUUUUUUUUUCCUAUGGUAGCAUUUUUAAGUACUUUUGUGUAACAUCCAGAUAAUGUGAUACUGUCUCUUUGAAGAACUCUGUAAAACUUUUAGAAAUUUGGAAUUGGGUCUUGACUCUUAAUGCAUGUGGACAGUCGCAAGCGUUCAUGCCGUUGGUGUAUCUGUGUUGAUAAAACCUGUAAUCUACAGCAAAGUACAUUCCGUUCAUGGGAACACGUACCCAAGGGAAUAAAGUAAAAUAUUAUUCUGACUAAGUUGUAAACCUAUGCACAUCCCUUGCAUUUUGGGCAACUUUAUAAAAAAAAAAAAAGAAAAAGAAAAAGAAAAAAAAAACUGAUUUUUAUUAAUAAUAAUCAUGUAGUGAAAUGUGUUUGUAAUUUUGUCUCAAUUUAAUUUGUUGUAAGGUGGGAGGGGGCAAUUACUGGUUUCACCAUUUCAGAUCUGUGUUGUCUGAGAGUAUUAACGUUUUAAUUAAGUUUAAGCAAAGAAAUGCCAAUUUUUAAAAUGUAUGUAAUUGUUUAAAAAUGCACACAUUUUAAAAGAAACUACUGUGCGAUGAAGAAACCAGUUUAGGCGUUGCGAGAAACUGACUAUUCCAAAAGACUCAUCUACAACAGCCCUGUAAAUUCCUUUAAAAAUGGUAACUGACUCUACAGUCUGACCAAUUUUUUUUUUUAUUUUAAAUAUACUUCCUUUUAUGUGUUCAACAACUAAAUGCUUUGGGGUCCUUCAUUUCAUUACAGGGAGUUUCAAGUACAAAUCAGAGACUUGUGCAGUGAGAAAAGGUUUCUUCAAGCCUGUUAAGGGAAGGCCUUGUAGGGACACAGCCUGUGGUCAGUUCCAGGGCCUCUGCUCCACCUGGAAGACCACAAGGUCAACUAAUUUAGAAUUAGAGCAGAGCCAAGUAAGAAAAUUUGACCACGUACUGAUCUGGUAUUUUGUUUCCCUUCCUUCUUCAUGCCCUUGCUGGCCCAGAUGGUUUGCAUUUUUUUCUGAAAAUGGUUAACAGAAGCAAGCAUUGCCACCUCUUUUUAGGUGUCAGAAUUACAGUGUUUCUUAAAAGUAUGUAUCUUCAAAGCUUGCUUGGCUGUGCUGUUGUAUAGUAUGAAGUUUAGUGUUUAUAUUAAAGUGAUACAGUGUUCUCAAAGGGUUUAUCCUCAAAAUUGAACUAUCAGCCGUAAUUGAUCUGGAGGCUGUUCCAGUUGUCUGGGACCACUGCACUUGUAAUCAGAAAAGGUUCUCUUGGUUGGACCUUUAUCAUGGGGGUGAUUACCAUGAAGUGCAUAGGUUGCUCAUUUUCUCCUGCCUACUCCUACUGCAGAUUGGGUGCUAAAAUCUCUAUUCUUGUAAAAUCCUUAGGCAAAAUCUAAGUCCAGCUAGGCAUCCCAUCCAGCUGGGUCAGGCGAGAUGUUUCUUUUGUGUAGCAUUCCCAGGACAGCUUGCAGCCUGCCGUGCAGGAGGGAACUCCAUCCGUCGCUGUACUCCACCUGCUGGAUGCAUUUAUGCCCCAGCAGAAGUCCCCGUUCCACUACGGCGUCCCAGCAGAAGUGCUGUAACCGAGUACCUUGAGUUUGUGGUUUGUGGAGUGCUGGAAAGUAACCAAUGAGAAACUAGGUGUGCAGGCCUUGCAAGGCAAGCCACUGAGUAAGAGGGAACCUAUCGGAGUAAUAGUAGCUGCUUAUCUGUUCUGAAUUUAGCCCCUAUAAAAGGGGAUAGGUGUAAACUGUGAACUAUGUAGUGAGUAAGAGGUAAUUUUUCAAGUAGCCGUGCUGUGUCAUUUUAGUCCUGGAUGAACCUUAGCAGGUGUUCCUGUAGAUCAGCUGUUGCAAUGGUCACAUUAGGCACUAGCUGAGCCCAUCGAAGUGACAGGUUCAUUUACUCUCAAAACUACCUCUUUUCCCAGUAAAGCACAAAGAUGGGAAGACCUACUGAAAAUCAAGCAGUGGAGUGUUUCUAAUGUUAGAAAUACAAACUUUUCUGGUAAGCAUUGGUAUCUGACUUCAGUGACACAUUCUUCAUCUUGAAUGUUUAUGACAUUAAACAGGUAAUUUUGAUAAUUCGGGUAUAAUCCACCAUAAGUGUUUUGACUACACAAUUCUGACUCUGUUAAUGUGGAUUUCUUGAAGUUUCUACAUAUCCAGCCUGUAAGGAAAGGUGCUUCUGCCUUAUGUAGAUGAUAAUAAGUAGUGAUUUAAUGUAACUAAUACACUUCUCUUAAGUGGAGACACCAUUCAGUUAAUAUUACACAGUUGAAGACUAACUUGGGGAGCUUUGAUUCUUUUAUUCUCACUGUAAAGCCUUUUAUCAAGAGACAAAAAUUGUAAAGUACAUCAGUUAGCAUACUGUCCUGCCUCCUCUUUACAACAGACUGUUUUCCUUGUAGGAACCUUCAGUAGCAAAAAAUUACUUGGAACACCCCCUAGGAUUUAACUACAGCUGAGCCAUGCAGCCCAGUGAUCUCCUUGAACUGGUUUCAGCAAAGUCAGAGGAAGCACAGACCAAGCCCAGGACUCCUCAGUCUGCCCAAUCCACACCUCCCCUGCCUCCUGCCCUGCCCAAACCCUUCUGAUGCAUCUCUGUUAUUUGUGUGGUACGUAGAGGGCAAAAAGGCUGCCAUAAAUUCAGCUGGAAGCUUCUCUUGCAUAGGGAAGAUGCGUGCAGGUGCAGAGUUAAUGUUACGAUUUUUUUAAUAUUGUUUUUCAACCUCCAACUGGAGAAAUGUCCUCCUAGUACUGUAAAUAUCACUGCAUAAUUUAGAGCACCUCUUGGACUUCUCUAAACUUAUGCUGAACGUGACCUUGGAAGCAGCCCUGGGAUUGGGAAGAAACAAAUAUUUCUGUUUGCCCCUUUUAUACUUUAUUUUUGUACAGGGGCUCAUAAAUUUGUAAAGAAAACUUGAUCUUAUCAGUAUGCUGUCUCUCAGUCUGACUGAUGCCUGUGAUUUCAAGGUGUUAAGUUGGUCCAAUAAAUGUUCAUUAACCUCUGC